AUGGGAACGAACAGGCCGCAGGGUGGCACCCGCUGCAUAGGUGGACAGGUCGUGUUGGGAGACAGCACGUGUGCAGGAUCGUCAAGUCUCUUCGAGAUCAAACGAACGAGUCAGUCUGUGUGUCGCACACGCCUCUUGUCUUGUGCCAUUUUCUCUUCUCUUCCACCGAGGAAAGAUCCACACCACGGAAGGCCCGCGGGCUGCUACCGUAGGCUUUCCGCCACCUCUGAGACAGAGCGCUGCACUCCCGCUCGUCCCACAGCGAAGAGAGAGGGGACGUUUAUUUCUUUCGUGUCGUUUGCUCUGUUUUUUCUUGUCUUCUCGCUCUUCCUCUUCCCUUGCGCGGGAAAUACGUGGGAAGCUCCAGUCCGCCGCAGUGUACAAGCAGACGGCCGUUCCCUUAUCUGGUCGCAACCCACGACGGAGAGAAUCCAUCGCUACUCGAGUGGCUCGGCGUCUUCCCUGUUUUUUCCGGAGGGAAAGAGGCAUCGAGACAGGGACAAAAGAAACGAGAAGUUCGUCCAGUCUCUAGAGGAAGGAACACGGGGGACUGGAGACGACAGCAAGCAAUCAACUCCAGCUUUCACUACAAAUGACGGAAAGUGCUCUUCCACGUUACACAGCAACUGCGAGGCAAUUCGCGAGGCCAGUGUAUUUUCUUGGAAGAACGAGCAGGGGGGACGAACACCCGAGCGAGGCGCUUCUCACUGGGGUCUGCCUUUCUCUCUUCGACAAUCUUCUUUUCGUCUUAAACGCAGUCGUUUCUUUUCCUUCAUCUCUCGUGUCCACUCUGGGCUUCCUUUCUUCCUUCUGCCUCAAUGCGAGCUCCUUUGCUCCACCCCUUCGGCACUUCCCCAGGGACUCCAGUCUCUCCUCUGUCGCUCUCUACACCCCACACCCUCUUCACCGUUCGCAUCCUCGAUGUCUCCCUGUCCUUGCUCUCCGGUCUCUUGUGUGUCCGCUCCUCUUUCGCCAACCUUUCAGAGUCUUUGCCCGUCCUCCUCUCCAUCCCGACUCCGGGCCUCACCCUCUUCCUUCUCUCCUUUCUCGCCGUUUCCCUCGCAUUUUCUUCGUCUGCUCUCUUCUCCGUCGUUCGUUUCCUUUCCGUCUUUCGAAAGAGACAAACCUCCGUCUCCCGUGUCUCCUUCUCGGCUGUGGGGCGCCGGCAAAGGCCGUGCCCAGCAGAAGAAAGGCCCGACACGCGCGGGCCCCAGCCAAGCUGCCAAGAAUGCGGCGGUGAAGAAGAAAGGCGCUCAGCAGCUCGGGAAGGCUUCCGAGAAGAAGGAGAAGAAGGGCGAAACGAAGAAGGAAGAGAAGAGAAAGCCUCGGAAGCAGACGAGCAAGACCUUCGCAGAAGAGGACUUGUUCAGCGAGCUAACCAAGGACGACCUCGUUACCAGAGAUCUCCCUCACGGCCUCAUUCCGCCUCUCCACUGGGAGCUGUACAAAAUGUUUGGGCGAAUCGGCGAUCCCCGGUGGCCGUACUCCGCAGAUUCUGCAACCUGCAAAAUUUUCGUUGAGCGCCUGUUCAAGGGUUAUGGCCUGCGACGGAGCAUCACGGAGGAUGAGUUUCGCACGCGCGUGGAACGCGAAUGGACUUUCCUCGCCCCCACAGGCUCCUGCGCUGAGUUUCUCCACUUCGACGACCUGUGCCGGAAAUGUUGGCUGCUUGUUCGCGACUUGAAAAUUCGUGAGGAGGAGGAGGAACGGCGUCGCCGUCGCGCUCUCGAGACGGGCACGCAGCCAGAGAAUCCUCGACUCCGCAAGUUUUCUCUGCUUCCCGACGAAGACAUUCCGCGCUUGACCCUGCACCGGAGAGUCAACAAGGAGAUCAAUCAGCAGGGGGUUCACCCCGCCGUUCUGGAUGUGCUCUGGGACUUCUUCUCCGAGGGGAAGCCAGAGCUCACUCGAGCGCAAACCACAGCUCGCUUCGAAGUCCUCGUCGGUGGCCUUCCGCCUGCAGCGAACGAGGGCGAGGAACCUGAAGACAGAGAGACCGACACAGGCGAGGAGCAGAGCGAGGGGGAGAAGAACGAAGCUGUGCGCGACGAGCUGGACUUGUUUCUCGAGGCAGUGAUCCGAAAGCGAAAGGAGAAAGAGAGACGGCGGCUGCUCGGCCCGCUGACUGCAGAUCGCUUUCUUGAAGUUUUCCAGGACAAGGUGGAAGCAGCUAUGGACGCCUACAACGAAGACCGCUACUGGGCCUACCACCGGGAGGUGAUGGCUUCUCGGAAAGCUGUCGCCGACGCGUUCGCGCAAAAUGCAGCCUUCAGACAGCAGAGACGGCGUUUCUGCCGGGCGUCGAACAUGCUCUUCAGCGACGUCUGGCGUUCAGUGCUGCAUGCGCGGAAUCGAGACCAUGUCGCAGAGAUCUCCCGGCCGACUCCUGAGUCGAGUAUCUGGGAACUGUCGGGCUCUGACAAAAAGAUCCCGCAUCCUGCUGUCGACACGAAGCUCAAGAACCUUGCAAAGGAGAUGCGCCACUGGAGAACGGUUUUCCGGUGA